CUCGUCGUCCCGAACGUUAACGAAACCCUCCGUACGACAUACGGCAAAUCGGGUGCAGUCGGGAUCGUACCUGUUCAGAGAAGAAAUAGCUUGCAAUUGGAUAUUCGGUAAGAUUCCUCUAACCAGAGGUCCCAAUUUACGCCAAUUUACGCGACAGUAACAGACCGAGUCAGCAAAUAUCCAUGCGCUGGACCAUCUCAGUCUCACGAGGCUGAGCUUGACCAAACUUCUAUCCACCUUUCCAAGGACUUGUCUCCCAGCGAGCCCGAAAUUAGCACCACACUCCCAAAAUACGUAUGCUUCGCCUGAUCUAUGAUACUUAGUACCUUAGGCACCCAAGGCAAUUCUACUGGACGGGUUCCUUCAAGUACAUUUCGAUGGUCUUGCGGUAGAGGCCACACGGGUAGAUUAGAAGUGAUGCGUCCGUGAAAACUCCAGUUCACGCAGCUUCCAGUCGAUUCUUGACUACCCGUAUGUUCCUUCAGAUCGCAGCCGUGCUACCCCUAAUUUACUCCACCUCCGCCGACCAGCCUUCGAACCCCGAGUGAUUUCCAGGCACAAGUAGACACACUGCCGCGAAGAAGAAUAAAAGCCCUUGCGGCAAGUAUGAACUUUGUUGCGUUCAUCUCUAUAUCUUCUCGGAAAGGUGCAGUGAUGGUAUAAACAGCGGGGCGCUCUACUGCAAGUGGUAGACUUGGUGGCAACUGGCUGGAACUAGACGCGACGCGACUCAAACCCAAUAACCUGAAGAUCCGGCGGCGUUGUACCUUCAUUGGCAAUAGUGUUCGGGUAUACCACAAUGACACCACAAUGACAUAUGAUGGGUCCCAUUGGGCACUCGUUUCGACUCUUCAAACUCAUAUACCGUAUGUACAUACAUACGCGGACCAUCUACACCGAGCUCGUAGCCGCCGACGCGAGGAGGUGGUAAAAUAUCGUGGUCAGACGAGCACAUGGUGCACACUGAUUCAGUGUUUCAGUGUUUCAUUCUUCCGAUAUGACUCUAAAGAUCGCUUCCUCUGUAGAUGGGCUACAAGCCACAGUCGUCCACAAGAUGGGGGGCGGAGAAAUCUACCGUCUAAACGCCCAAUGCAUUAAAAAAACUCGACCUGCAACCCUAAAACGCGAGGAUGCGUCGUACACAAGCGAGGUAACCUCGUCAUGCGCGUGUCCACGCUCACCUUCCAUCAUCACGCUUGUCCUCAAUGGCCAUCUGAAAUUGUGCGAUUCCCGCAUUUGAUGGAAUAUAUUUAUUCUAGUUAUUCAUGGGGUCUCCAUCUGGGGUCCCAUGACUUUUUAUCGCCGAUUCCGGCUCCAGAAUCUAUAAGAAGAAACCCCUCAUCCACUAUUUCUCCUUGCUUCCUUUUAGCCUUUCCCUCCUACCGACAACAGGCAAAGUCAACAUGGGAUACAGUGCUCGUAUCGCUUCGAAUCCGUACAUCGUCGGUUCGUUCGCAUGUAUCGGUGGUGGUCUCUUCGGUCUGGACAUCUCGUCCAUGUCCGGAGUGUUGACCAACCCAUUUUACCUGAAACAAUUUGGCAACCCCAAUGAUUCUGCCCAGGGUGCCAUUGUUGCGUCCAUGCCAGCUGGUUCCCUUGUGGGUGCUCUUCUAGUUGGUUACCUCGGUGAUCGUCUGGGAAGAAAAUAUUCGAUUAUGCUUGCUGCAGUCGUUUGGGUCAUAGGAUCAAUUCUUCAAUGUGCUUCCGUGAACCGUGGUAUGCUCGUCGCAGGUCGUGUCAUUUCUGGCUUGUCCGUCGGUAUCUCAAGUUCCAUCGUUCCCGUCUACCAAUCCGAAGUCACAGCUCCAGCCAUCCGUGGUCGACUUGUCUCCCUCCAACAAUGGUCUAUCACCUGGGGUAUCCUUAUCCAAUACUUCAUCCAAUUCGGUUGCUCUGACAUUGACGGGACGGCUUCCUUCCGUAUUCCAUGGGGUCUUCAAAUGAUCCCUGCCAUAGUGCUCUUCUUCGGAAUGACGUUCUUCCCCGAGUCCCCUCGUUGGUUGAUGGACCACGACAGGGACGAAGAAGCGUUACAGAUCCUUGCUGAUCUCCACGGUGGAGGUGACAAGAAUAAUGAGCUCGUAAGGCUCGAGUUUGAGGAAAUCAGGCACCAGGUCAUCUACGAGCGGGAAGAAGGUGCCAAGUCCUACAUGGAUCUCUUCAGAGGCAACAAUCCUCGUAGGGUCAUGCUCGGUAUGUCUCUCCAGAUGUGGUCUCAACUUACUGGCAUGAACGUUAUGAUGUACUACAUUACCUACGUCUUCCGUGGCAUUGGCCUUGUUGGACGGAAAGCGGGUCUGAUCGCCGCAUCUGUUCAAUACGUGCUCAACGUCGCGAUGACCGUUCCUGCCAUCAUCUACAUUGACAAGUGGGGAAGACGUCCGAUGCUUCUCUGUGGAUUGACUGCUAUGGCUUUCUUCCUCUACCUUGUCGGUGGUCUUCAAGGUCGUCUUGGACACUGGGGGGUAGUUGACAAUGCCCGUGUUUGGGUUAUUGAAGGGCAAGGUUCGGCUACGAAGGGUAUCAUCGUCCUCUCGUACCUCUUCGUCUGCAGUUUUGCCGUCACUAUGGGACCUGUCUCGUGGACUUACCCUGCCGAAAUUUUCUCGCUCAAAGUUCGGUCCAAAGCGGUCGCUAUGGCAACUGCCACGAACUGGAUUUUCAAUUUCGCUUUGGCAUGGGCUACACCCCCGGGUUUUGCGAACAUUGCGUACAAGACUUACUUUGUCUUUGCUACCUUCAACGUUGCUGGUCUCAUUCACGUCUUUUUCAUGUACCCCGAGACUGUUGGUCGUUCUCUGGAAGAAAUUGAGGAGAUCUUCAAACAGGGACAUGCGUUCUCUGCCUGGAAGAUUGGCAAGGAUGUUGGUAGGACUACGCUUAGUGAGGUAGUCCAGAAGACGAAGCAGGUUGAGGGGAGGUCAAGCACGGAAAAGGAAAAGGACCAGGACUCUGUUUGAGUGCUUGGCAACAUUCGGGUAUACAUACCGCAAUAUAUCCUAAGUAUGUACAUGCGUGCUUCAGCUCAAUUUCAAUUUUUUACGUUACUUGUACUACCCCUUUUACGAAUUUCUCAAUGCUUCAACCAUCGGAGUUGUAGUUGUACUUAUACAUUGCAAUCCCGACAUCAUUUUUUUCUGUCCAUAUGGGCCC